AUGAUAUCUAUGAGCAACAAAAAGACAUUAUUACGCUUUUUAUCAAGCAAAGCUGCUAAAUAUGUGCCUUCUUCAGGUGAGUACCCUAUAGGAUAUUCAGUUGGGGGAAUUCACUGUGGAAUUAAAAAAGACGGAAAGUCAUUGGACUUAGCAUUAUUGAGAAAUGACUUUGGUAAGUCAGCCGUUGCUCUGGCAGUAUUUACAAAAAAUAAGUUUAAGGCCGCUCCCGUGCAAGUUUCCUCUAGCAUUUUGAAAAGAAAGCAUGGCGAAGGUAUAAACUCUAUCAUUGUUAAUAGUGGUAACGCGAACGCGGUAACAGGUUCAAAGGGCUAUUCUGAUGCAGAAGCUAUGGUUACGGUCACAGAUGCCGUCUUGGAAAACCCUCAAGAUUCGACAUUGGUAAUGUCUACUGGCGUUAUCGGCAACUUGUUACCCAUUGACAAAGUUUUAAGUGGUAUUCCGAAAUUAGCCCUAAGUCAUCUUGGGAAUACACAUCAAGAUUGGUUGAAUUGUGCUACUGCAUUAUGUACAACUGAUACUUUUCCUAAAUUAGUAUCAAAGCAAUUUCAAUUGAAUGGCAGAACUUAUACGUUGGCAGGUAUGGCCAAAGGAGCAGGAAUGAUAUGUCCUAAUAUGGCAACCUUAUUAGGUUUCUUUGUGACUGAUGCUCCAGUGUCUGCAGCAGCAUUACUGCAAAUUUUGAAAUAUGCCACCGACCGCUCUUUUAAUAGUAUAUCGGUUGAUGGGGAUAUGUCUACCAAUGAUACCAUUGUCGCUAUAGCUAACGGGGCUGCCGGCGGAGAGACAAUAGAAGAAGAAUCUUCAACGGCAGAGGCAUUUGCCCAAAUCAGAACUGAGAUUACAGGAUUCGCCCAAAGAUUGGCACAGCUAGUUGUACGCGAUGGCGAAGGUGCAACUAAAUUCAUUACGAUAAAAGUAAAGGAUGCACUCUGCUACGAUGAUGCUAAGAGUAUAACUUCCACUAUUGCCAACUCUUCUUUAUUCAAGACGGCCAUGUAUGGUGAAGAUGCUAAUUGGGGACGGAUCCUAUGCGCUAUAGGGUAUUCCAAUGUAACCUCUACUGAAUCGGUUUUGCCCGAAAUGACAAGUGUUUCAUUUAUUCCUGCUGAUGGAAGUAGCAAAUUAGAUUUAUUGGUCAAGGGUGAACCUGAAAAGGUUGAUGAAGAAAGAGCUUCUGAGAUUUUGCAGCAUGAAGAUUUAGUCGUGGAAAUUGAUUUGGGAACUGGCGGUGGUCAAGAAGCUACAUUUUGGACUUGCGAUCUUUCACACGAAUAUAUCACCAUCAAUGGAGAUUAUAGAUCAUGA